UACUCUUCUUCUACAAACUGAAGAGGAACAUUUUCAGUAUGAGCCUUCAAGUAUUGCGCCCUCUGAGACAAUGGCCAUGGUUGCACUUGCACCACCGUGGUUGUGCUAACGCGGCACUCCACCACCACCGCCACCGUCAUCUUCUUCUUCUACCCUCUCCACCAGAACCCACAAGGACAACUUCAAAUCCUCAUCGUUUCUCCUCGGCCGCUCUCGCUUCCUCUCGCCGGAGCGCCAAUGUUCCCCAAACCACCACCGAACUGGACUCCGAUUCCGAGUCCAAGAAGAGCCGCAACGAGUUGAAGCGGGAAGCAAGGCGCGCUGUCAAGUGGGGAAUGGACUUGGCUUCCUUCUCUGCUCCCCAAAUCAAACGCGUCCUUAGGGUGCUUUCAUUGGACGAAGUUGUGUUCGAAGCUCUUAUGGUUGUUAAGAGACUGGGACCAGAUGUUCGAGAAGGAAGGAGAAGACAGUUCAGUUAUAUUGGAAAAUUGCUGCGGGGAGCGGAUCCUGAGUUAAUGGAUCGAUUGAUAAGAGCAACAAGGGAUUCGGAUCAAAAGGAGCUGCAAGCUUUAACUGGUUUAGUCUCUGACGAUGUUGAAGAGGAUGAUGACAUAAUAGAAUCUGAAGAUGAGGAGGUUGAGGAGGAAUCUAAUUUGCAUGACAGUCAAGCAACAAGGUGGUUUGAUGGCUUGAUCAAUAAGGACAUUCAAAUUACCAAUGAAGUUUAUUCAAUUCAGGGCGUUGACUUUGAUCGUCAGGAGUUACGAAAGCUUGUACGCAGAGUGCAUGUUGCUCAAGAAAGGAAGGCUGAUAACGAGGAAGAUGAGAAAAAAAUAGAGACAGCAGUAAUUGGUGCUAAGAAGGCCCUCACUCGUUUCCUUCGUCAUGUUUCAAAGAGAAUUCCUGACGAAUUUGAAUACAUCAGUUAAACCCCUCUUUAUUUCGAGGUGUUAAGUUUUUAGCUUCAAAAAAUUAACCAGAAAAUGCAUGGAUUGGUAAGCCAUACACUGUCUUAGUGAGAUAAUUUUUAUUGAAAUCAAUCUAUUAUUUAUAAUGUGAAUUA